GGAGACUGCGUCUGGGAUGUCUUCUCCUCUUUCUUGCUCCCCAACCCUAACAAUACAUCUCACUGUUCUUCUUCCUCUAACUGCCUUCUCCACUUUCAUGUCUGUAUAUCAGUUGACCCCACCUUCGUUUCCUAAAUCUCUCACUUCUUAAACCCUAAACCCCCUUCCCUGAUAUUACAAACUAUGGCCUAAAAAACUCUGGUGUUCCACAAAAAAAAUAUAAUAUCAAGUUUACGACAAACCCCAUUUGCAGUGGCCCAUCUCUUGGAAUAAUGCCCUUGUGGAUCCAAAGGGCGUCCAAAAAAAUUGCCUUGAAAUCCAUUACUCGUUGUUUUCAUGGUACCCCUGCACAAUUCGAAUCGCACCUUCCCAAAGCUGAAACUAUUUGGUUCAUCAAAGUAGUAUGUACUCUAUCUGUUUGUGAAAAGUUAUCUGUUUUCAGCUCAGAUUAUUUUCGGGAGCAUUUGAAUCCGUCCAUUGCUUUCUUUGUUAUUCAACACAUUAAUAACCAUUUCAGCAACCCCAGAUUAGCAUUUGAAUUUUUCCAAUUCACACGGCUGAAUUUGAGUCUCGUUCAUUCCGUUUCAACUUUUAAUUUGCUUUUGAUGUCACUUUGUCAAAUUGGCUUUUUUGAUUUGACUCAAUUAAUGCUUGACUAUACUAUUACUGAUGGACUCUUACUUGACGGUUCAGUAGUAGAAUUUCUGGUAUCUUGUUUUGCGAAUGCAGGCAAGUUUAGGAUCGGUAAAGAAGUUUUGAUUUCUCAGGCUAAUUUAAGCAGUGAGAAAGAAGAGGUUGUUAGUUCUUUUGCACAUAACAUUCUUUUAAGUAUGCUAGUGAAGCGAAAUAGAGUAGAUGAAGCUGUUCGAUUUUUUCAAGAUCAUAUUCUUAUAUUAAGGGGCUUUUGUCCAGAUACUUGUAGCUUUAAUAUUGUGAUUCGAGGAUUGUGUAAGGGAGGCCAAGUUGAUAAGGCCUUUCAGUUAUUCUACGAUAUGGGAAGUUUUGGUUGUUCGCCUGAUAUGAUAACAUACAAUUCGCUUAUAAACGGGUUGUGCACGGUUGGUAAUUUGGAUAGAGCAUUAUGCUUACUGAGAGAUAUCCAAUCGCAAGUUGGGAUUGCACCUGACGUCGUGACAUAUACUUCGAUUAUUUCUGGUUUAUGCAAGUCAGGAAAGAUGGAGGAGGCUGCUAGUCUUCUGGAUGAGAUGGUGCAAUGUGGGAUAAGACCGAAUUUAAUUACUUUUAAUGUUCUUAUUGAUGGAUUUGGCAAGUCAGGUGAGAUGGUUUUGGCAUUUAAGAUGCUUGACAAGAUGCAUACCCUCAAUUGUGAACCUGAUGUAGUUACUUUCACAUCUCUCAUCAGUGGUCAUUGUCAGAUUGGAGAGCUAGACCAGGGCUUGAAGCUUUGGGAUGAAAUGAAUUCAAAAAGGUUGUUUCCCAAUGUAUAUACUUUCUCUGUUGUUAUCAGUGCUCUAUGCAAGGAGAAUAGAUUAAAUGAGGCUCGUGAUCUGUUAAGGCAGUUAUUUUGGAGAGAUGAUAUUGUCCCCAAAGCUUUCAUUUACAACCCUGUGAUUGAUGGUUUUUGCAAGGCGGGUAAUGUUGAUGAGGCAAAUUCAAUUGUUGCAGAAAUGGAGACAAAACAAUGUGUUCCAGAUAAAUACACAUUUACCAUUCUCAUUUUAGGGCAUUGUAUGAAAGGAAGAAUGUAUGAAGCUAUUAACAUCUUCAAUAAGAUGUUAAUCGUAGGUGGCACUCCUGAUCAGAUCACUGUAAACUCUUUGGUAUCUUGCCUUCUGAAGGCAGGGAUGGUGACUGAGGCUUACAGGAUAAAGAAAGCUGCAUCUGAGCAAUUGCAGUCAGGAUUUACAUCUUCCAAGCAGCCUGAGCCUAUCAGGGAAAAUAUGGGUAUCCCAGUGGCUUUAUAAGUGAAGUUUGUUACAAUGGCCUGCUUCUGCCCUUGGAAGCUGUUUGGCUGCCUAUAUUUUUCAUUGUCCAUCAUGCUUCAAUCUUCAGGAAUAUAGUUUCAGAAUCCUAGAGUGAUAAAUCAGCUGGGGUCAUCAUCUUGAAGAAUGGGUAGGGGCAUGGACAAGAAUGGCAUUAGCCCGAUAUACAGCUAUUCUGAUAGCCUUGUUGACCUGUGAAGUUUAAUUCUGGAAGGCUGUUUCCUGAAGGUAAGAACAGAUUUCAGUUGCUUCCUUCUGCGGUAGUCAAGGGUCCCUGGUCGGGUAAGCGUGCCAAUUUUGAGGCAGAAAUUGCAAUUUCGUCAAAAACAUUUGUUGGACCGAGGAUGGUCGACGUCAAUGAUGUGGUUUGAUACGUCUGCUAAAGAAAACUCAAGCUUUGGUCGGGUCUGGUCCAAAGGGCCAAAAAAUAUGGCCAGAACUGUUAAGCUGGCACCGGUUGGUUUGGUCAAUCAUCCUCGAGCAUAUGAAAUUGUUCAACAUUGAUAAAAACCCCCAUAGCUGCACCUUCUGGUAGCUUCUAGUAAAGCACUUGCUUCUGAUAUUUCUGUUCUUCUUGUUCAUUGAGCUCUCUAGUAGUUGUGGCCCGAUUGGACGUUGGUGGGGUGUGGAAGUAAUCUGAAGUGAUAACUAAA